UGAAACUUUCGAAAAUGUUAGAUAUAAUCAUUUCAAAAUAGGUGAUGAAACUAAGCAAUAUGAGUUGGAAUCAUUGGGAGAAUUUCGAGGCAUGAUCGACAAUGAAAUGGGAAAAGGCAUAGGACAAAAAUUCACGACUUACGAUCGUGAUAAUGAUGCCAGUGAUGCGAAUUGUGCGGCACAAUUUUAUGGAGCCUGGUGGUACAAAUACUGCUUUGGCCCAAAUCUAAACGGACGAUAUUAUACAAGUGCAACCAAUACGUGGGAUAGUAUGAGCUGGGAUAGCUGGAAUUCUCUGAAAUCAGUACAAAUGCUCAUUCGACCAAAAAACUCUUUAAAUCAAUGA